CACGCUUCUUGCAUGCUCAUAGGAAAAAUGCAACCUCCCUGGUUCAGUUGAUUUUUAUUUGUAUUUCGCCUUGCAAUAAAAGAGUAUUAAAUAAUUCGAAUUUCGGCGCAACCUAGAAGUGUCCACGCCACUCGCCAUGAGUUUCAACCUGCAAAAAUGUCCCCACAUAGAGAGUGAGCAUUGUACGGACGUUGAUCUGAGAUUACUUAAGCCAACUAGCUGUCAUGCGUGCAACUAUACUGGGCUCAACCUCUGGAUUUGCUUAUACCGCGACUGUGGAUUCACUGGUUGCUCGGAGCAGGCGAAUGACCACAGCACUGAGCAUUUCCAGACACAUAAGCAUGGAGUUCACAUGAACAUCUCGUCGCAACGCGUUUGGUGCUACUAUUGUGAACGCGAGCUAUAUCUGAAGAACAGUAAGCGAACGGGGGCGCAGGAUAAACUGUUUAGCUGCUCUAUGAACUCAUUGUCUAAGCGGGAAGACAGCGUCAGUGAUGAUGCCACCGGCUCAGGAACGGGUCUCGUCGGAUUGCAAAACAUUGCGAAUACGUGCUACAUGAAUUCAGCCCUUCAAGCGUUGAGCAAUCUGUUGCCUUUAACGCACUAUUUUAUCAACUGCGGAGAGUUGGUUGAGCAUAUUGCCGAGCAAAGCGCGCCUCGCUGUAAACCAGCUGGACUAGCCAAAAGCUAUCUGCGUCUGAUGGAUGAUAUCUGGCAACAAACUGAUGAUCCCAAGGAGUUUAUUGCGCCACGUGGGAUUUUAUAUGGCAUUCGAUCUGUACAUCCGAUGUUUCGCGGCUAUCAACAGCACGACACUCAGGAGUUCUUGCGUUGUUUUAUGGAUCAGCUGCAUGAUGAGCUGACGGAGCAAAUUCAUGCUUUACAACAGAACGAUGAGAAGGCUGAAAGUACUGACGAUGAUAAGGACGAUGAUGCAACAAAUGCGUGCACCUCCAACACUCCAAACAACGCAUCCGCUUCGGAUAGUGAAUACGAUACCUGUGACAGCAGCCUUUCGGAUCGUUCAACGCGUACCAAUCAUGAUUCGGAAGUAUUUAUAAAAAGUGAAUACUACGUUUCCCCAUCUCGCUCCACCAAUAGUGCGUCCGAUAUGCCUUCUGUGCACCAAUCGCAGCAGCAACAGAAACAACGCCAAAAACCAACGUCAGAAAUAAAACCUGUGGACUCAGCACGAUCAAUAAUAAGUGAUAUUUUUGACGGUAAACUUCUGUCAUCGGUACAGUGCUUAACGUGCGAUCGCAUUUCGACACGAGAAGAGACAUUCCAGGAUCUAUCACUGCCAAUUCCCAACAGAGACUUUCUUAAUAUGCUCCACCAAACGCAUAGCUUGAGUGUGCAGAGCCUAAAUGCCGUAGAUAUGGCCCAGGCGCGUAACAACGAAGGUUGGCUGGCAUGGAUGUGGAAUAUGUUGCGUUCUUGGUUCUACGGGCCAUCGGUAACGCUUUACGAUUGUAUGGCCAGUUUCUUCAGUGCUGACGAACUAAAAGGCGACAACAUGUAUAGCUGCGAGCGAUGUAACAAGCUGCGCACAGGUAUAAAAUAUUCGCGUGUCUUAAACUUGCCCGAGGUUCUUUGCAUUCAUUUGAAACGUUUUCGUCACGACUUGUCGUACAGCUCAAAAAUAUCAUCCCAUGUUUACUUUCCAUUGGAAGGCUUUGAUAUGCGUCCAUAUUUGCACAAAGAUUGUAAAUCAAUGGUAGCAACAUAUAAUCUGUCGUCCGUCAUCUGUCAUCAUGGUACUGUCGGUGGUGGUCAUUACACUUGCUAUGCUCGGAACGCAUUGAAUGGCCGUUGGUAUGAGUUUGAUGAUCAAUUUGUAACAGAAGUAUCUCCGGAUAUUGUACAAAAUUGUCAGGCCUAUGUGCUCUUCUAUCAAAAACACAAUCCUCAUAUGAAAAUGCUCCGGGAGGAAGCCAUUACCUUGUGUAACUUAAAUCCACUACACCAUGCCGACAUACAAUUUUACGUGACGCGUGAAUGGCUCUCACGUCUAGCGACUUUCGCCGAGCCAGGCCCCAUCAAUAAUCGUGAAAUGUUAUGCCCACAUGGCGGCAUCUUACAUUCCAAGACAGCGCUCAUAAGCCAAAUUGCAGUGCCUAUUUCCCAGCCGCUUUGGGAUUUUUUGUUCAAAAAGUUUGGAGGCGGUCCUGCUGUCAACAUGAUGUUUGAGUGCGAGAUCUGUAGACGUGUAGCUGAAGCGCUUUCCCGUCGUCAGCUUUACGAAUUGACGGUGUUUACAAAAUACAAUGGACUACAGAGUGAACUGGACUCGUCUGCUAUAUAUGCCAUAGCAAUGCCCUGGCUGCGAAUGUGGCAGCAGUUCUCACGCGGCAUCACACACAAGGAGCCGGGACCCAUUGCCAAUGAGGGAAUCGCAGCGCCAGCGGAAACGAACUCAUUAAAUGGUUCGAUCGUUAGCUGCGUGCGUUUGGGCUCAGAUUAUGCACAGCUGAAUGCACCUUUGUGGCGUUUUCUGCACAGUAUCUAUGGUGGAGGCCCCGAGAUAAUGUUGCGAAGUGCGCUUUCAGACGACGAUGUAGACGAAAUUGAAAUUAUUGACCAAGACGAUGAGUCCAUUAGUGAGGAGGAACGAGAACAUAAUGCGAUCCCGACCACACGUAGCAAUCAAUCGGACACGGAAAGCAAUCUUGGGCGAAGCGCAACUCUACUACCAGAAACUCAGCCCAUAGACGCGCAGGUGCCUUCGAAUGCAACACAUUUUUCUAAAGCUUCAUCAGAUUCCAUCGUGGCAAGCUCUCCCAAUUCGAAACGCACACGUUCCAGUGGCCAAAAUUCAAGGAACAUAAAAGUAUCGGCACUACGCAUGAACAUGAGAAAGCGUGGCCGACGCAAUCGGAAUGCAUUUAAACAGCACGCGGAUAUGUUUGGAGCAAAAGGACACUACAACAGCAGCAAUCAGCAAUUAGUUUAUCAAGCCGAGAGUAUCAGUCCAUCUCAAGAGGAUAAGGACACGGCAGCAUUUUCAAAUGAAUACACCAUACCAUUCCAAAGCGAUAAUUUCCAAGUCAAUGGCGAUCGAGAUGCGACAAAGAUGCGAGAAAAAGGAAAAAUACGUAAUAGUAAUAAAGAAAAUGUCACGUUACAAAAAUUUGUAACAUUACGAGAACCCAGUGGGGCCAACGACGAGACUGAUAUAUGAUGAUCAAGAACGUGUACGAAUCGCCGCCGCAAUUUAGGCCAAAAUCAAAGUUUAGGCAUAAAAGACCGUUAGUAGUUUAUUACCUCAGUGUUUUUGGGGUGGAGGCUAUAUAAAAAUUAUGUAUAAAUUGUAUUUAUAAAAUUUAAUUGUGUUGAGUGCUACCGUCA